AUGAGCAACCCAAAAGACUCAAUGAAAUCAACCUGGCGAACAGACAAAAGCCAAUGGGGCAUCCCACACAAAAUCCUCAACCACGCCAACGUCUUCCACGAAGACCUAUCCCGCCCCGUCCCCGUGCACGCAAAAACCGACAAACUCCCCCAUCUCCCAGACUGGCAAUCACACCGCUGGAUCUUAAUCCAUGCCAGCAUCCCAUUAGCCAUACACCAGCUCUGGCUUUAUUUCACCAAUAUCCCCUUUCACCCAAUAAUAGCAUUUAUUUUUUACUACCAAGCCUCUCGAUUCUUCGCCUUCCGCCAAUUACGCUCGAUGCGCGAAUUGGGGCAUAAAUACGGCUAUCUUGACGGCGACAAACACGCCCGUGACGGGGUUCCAGACGCGGGAGUCGGCAAAACACUACUAUCAGUAUUUUUGGCCGGGUUCUUGAGACCGGCCUUUACGACUUGGCUCACAUAUAACAAUACGGACACGGAAGAUUUUUCAAAUCCCCUCCUAUCACUCCUUCAUCAUCCGGUCCGACUCUUCUUCGAAAUAUCCUUAUACAGCAUCGCUGUCGACUUCUGGUUCUACUGGUAUCACCGAUUAAUGCACGACGUCUCACCAUUAUGGAAAUACCACCGCACGCACCAUCUGACCAAACAUCCAAACCCCCUCUUAACCAUAUACGCAGACUCGAUCCAGGAGUUUUUCGACAUUGCGGGGAUCCCGCUACUGGCGUGGAUAACGAUGAAGUACGGAUUGCGAUUUCCGAUGGGAUUUUAUGAGUGGCAUGUUUGUCAAUUAUAUGUUCUUUUUGCGGAAGUUGCGGGUCAUAGUGGGCUUAGGAUUCAUGCUACUGUUCCGAAUCCCUUGGCGGAGGUGUUGAGGUGGUUGGGGAUGGAUCUUGUUAUUGAGGAUCAUGAUUUGCAUCAUCGGAAGGGGUGGAGGAAGAGUAUGAAUUAUGGGAAGCAGACUAGGAUUUGGGAUCGGGUUUUUGGGACGUGUGGGGAGAGGAUUGAGAGUUUGGAGGGGAAUGUUGAUUAUGGGGAUCGUGUGAGUAUGCCUAUUUUUUGA